UAUACUUUAAAAGGUGACUGGAGGGGGUGUUUAAUUAAUGGGUACAAUUAUGGAAGGGGAUUUUGUGUUUCUAUGUUCCAGUGUUUACAUUUUACAACUAUGGUGUACAAGUGUUGUUAAUAAUGACAGCUAUCUGCUUGAUAACGUGUCUCUGUGGCCAAGGCUAUCGACUGACACCUUCGAAUUCAAUUUGAAUUGUGGACAUGUUCUGCAGCGGGCGCUCUCUGGUCUCUGUCUCUCUCUCUCUGGUCUCACACACACACACACACACACACACACACGGACUAGCCGCGGCUCCUAUUGGAGCUCAAGGACUGGAGGACACCGCGAAGCACAGUUGAUAAGCGGCUUUAAUUGGCUAAUUUGGCCCCGGUGGCCUCUCUCGGUGUGCGCGGAGCUGAGAGCGGCCGCAGCCCGACGCGCUCGCCGCUCCAGUCGGUCUCCACUCCACUCCAACUGAGCAGACGCGGAUUAUCUCGGCUUCUCAAAGAUGCUUUGAGGAUUUUUUUUAAUCAAGAUGUUGUUUUUUUUAUCUCAAGUAGACUGACGGAACUUCGUCGUCAUCCAUGAAGGUUUCACUUCGGGAGUGAGGCACAAAUCCGCCUGCGUGACCGUUCUAGUUUUUACGCGCGGUUUCUUGGCGCAAAGUGCGCACCGGUGCGCUCUGGCGCAACACGGCAAAGUCUGUUUUAAAAAGAAAGGUCUCCGUGACGCCGCGAUGAGACCACGGUGCAGGGACCAGAGUCCGGCCCGGGAUUCAUGAGAGCCCCGAGGCCGCGCUGCUGUGGCUCGGACCGGGACGGAGCGGAGGGCGCCGGGGCGGAGAUGGCGGCCAACCUGAGUGCGGCGGCGGCGGCGGCGGCGGCACCGGGCGCGAGGGGACACAACCUGCCGGCCCUGUUGUUCGGGGUGCUGCUGAUCGUGGUGAUCAUCUGCGGCAACCUGCUGGUGUGUCUCAGCGUGUUCACGGAGAAGGCGCUGAAGACCACCACCAACUACUUCAUCGUCAGCCUCGCGGUGGCGGAUCUGAUGCUCGCGGUGCUCGUGCUGCCGCUCUUCGUCUACUCAGAGUUUCAGGACAGCGUCUGGACGCUCAACACCACCCUCUGUGACGGCCUGAUGACCAUGGACGUGAUGCUGUGCACCGCCUCCAUCUUCAACCUCUGCGCCAUCAGCAUCGACAGAUUCAUCGCCGUGUCAAUCCCUCUCAACUACAACAGGAAGCAUGUGGACCUGCGGCAGACGGUGCUGCUGUCAGCCACCUGGAUCCUGGCCCUGGCUGUGGCCUCGCCCGUCAUUUUCGGCAUCAACAACGUGCCUGGUCGUGACCCCAGCGAGUGUAAACUGGAGAAUGACGACUACGUCGUCUACUCGUCCGUGUGCUCCUUCUUCAUCCCCUGUCCCAUCAUGCUGCUGCUGUACUGCGGCAUGUUUCGCGGCCUGCGGCGCUGGGAGGAGGCUCGCAAAGCCAAACUGAGGAAGAGCAUCCAGGCCUGUCGCAAGCUUCAGGAGGCUGCUGCCUCGCUGCCGCCACUGGCCUCGCUGCCCCCGCCACUGCCACCCAUCAUAGAGCAAGAACUGACGGAUACUCCGGACGAACCAUCUACCUUCCCGUCUGCAGACCACCUGUCAGAGUACAAAGACGGCCCUGUCCCGACGGUCAGCUUCACGGACAUCAGGUUCAACCCUGAGCCUCAAAAGAGGAAGAGGGCCAAGAUCAACAGCCGCGAGAGGAAGGCCAUGAAAGUGCUCCCUGUCGUUGUGGGUGCCUUCCUGUUCUGCUGGACUCCCUUCUUCGUCCUCCACACGCUGCGAGCUCGCUGUCAGGACUGCCACAUCCCGCCAGGCCUGAUGAGUGUGGUGACGUGGCUCGGCUACGUCAACAGCGCCCUGAACCCCGUCAUCUACACCAUCUUCAACACGGAGUUCAGAAACUUCUUCAAAAAGUUCCUGCACCGCUGCUGCUCCUAGAAUUUGCCCCACUGCUGCUGCCGCGAGAGACGCUACUGACUGUUUCGAUCUGGUUUCUUUAGUCUGUGUUUGUCGCCAUCGUCUCCUUCCUCUGUGAGGUUUUUAUUUUUCUACAUGUGACGACAGAAAAGUUUGUUUGUGAAGAAGCUUUAGUCUGAGGAACAGACUGUUCAGAGGACCAGCAACACAGCUACAUCACAUAACCAACAGGAACUGAUUUUAUAUGUGGAAAGUCAUCUUUUCAAAAUAAAAGUAUUCACUAAAA